CUCAUAUGACAAAUAAUCGUGAGUUGGUUUGCUAUUGUUGAAUUAUUUGUGUUUUGUUGAUCAUUGCAAUACGCUUUAUUUUACCGGGUGUUACGAAUUUUAAUGACUUGGUUUUGUAGAAAUAACGUGUAUUUGGUUAGAAAGUGUCAUAACUAGAAAGUAACUUAAUUUUUAUAGAAAAAUUAUAUACAUCAACAUCUAACCUACAUAUUCAAAAUGAAAUAUAUACCUCAUCUAUGUAUAUUACUUGGAAUUUUUCUAGUGGAAGUUUCUACGCUUUUGCCUUCACCACUAGAUGAUAGUCCUCAAAUGAUUGAGCACCAAAGCAAAAACAUUUUUAAAAUUAAUAUCGAUGAAAUUGAAGAUGCAAUCGAAUUUGCAUCAAAGUACACUGGAUUGAUGAAUCGUUUUGAAAACACAAUUAAAUCACCAACCCGUAUAGUACCAGGAACACCUGCACAUGCUUCUUUUCUGAACCUCCAACCAGACCAGACAGCGGUAGACAGAGGAAGGCAAGCUCGAUUGGCUUUAAAGGCAUCUUGCCAGUUAGCGUACAGCACUUGUUUUAAAGAGCACAUGAAUUUAAUUGAAUGCAACGAGAAUUUGCAGCAAAUGUCUUUUCAUAACACGUCUUUAGGCUUCAUUUGCGAUCAUCUUGAUAAGAAAUGUUCACCUGAAGAAGAACUUAACAGUUACAGAUCUAUUGAUGGCACCUGCAACCAUAUUGAUAAAGCCUAUCUAGGAGAGUCUUACACGGCAUAUACUAGAUUUUUAAAUCCUCACUACAUAAAUGCCUUUGAAAUACCAAAGCGAUCGGUCUCUAAAGCAAUGAUGCCACUUCCAAGAAAAAUUAGCAGCACCAUUGUGAAUAAUGAAAACAAUCCCCACGAAUAUCUUACGUCAGCAUUUACUCAGUGGGGAAUUUUUAUAGAAGAGGAUUUAAGUAGAUUUGCUUCAACAAUAAUGAUUCAUUAUAACGAAUCCAUUGGUUGCUGUGACGAAGAUGGUCUCACCUUUGCACCUAGAUACAUUCAUCCCUCAUGUAUGCCUAUAGCUGUUCCACUAAAAGAUAAAUUUUAUAAAACAAAACGAGUGCAAUGCAUGAAUUAUGUUAGAUCGAUUACAGCACUAAGACCUGAUUGCAGUAUGGGACAUCGAGAACAGAUGAAUCAAGCAACUCAUUACCUAGAUGGAUCACAAAUCUACGGCCCUUCUGCCGAAAAAUCCUUACAUUUACGUGAUAUAGAAUCAGGAAAAUUAAAAACGUCCAUAAUAGAUAAUAAACCAUUCUUACCUUUACACACUGACGCAAAACAAUUCUGUAUGGUAAAUUCAGACACCGACGUUUGCUUCAAAUCGGGCGAUAAUCGCGUCAACUUCAUACCGCAGCUCACGGUGAUGCAAACUCUGUGGAUGAGAGAGCAUAACAGAUUAGCCGAAGAACUGACUCAGUUGAAUGAAGAUUGGGAUGCCGAAACAGUUUUCCAGGAAGCUAGAAGGAUAGUCAUUGCUGAAAUGCAGCAUAUUACUUACAACGAAUGGAUAAAGUACUUACUAGAUACAUCAAAUUUAAAUAAGAUAGUAAAAUAUGAUGAUUUUAAUAAACAUAUUGAUCCAACCGUUUCCAACGAAUUUGCUACUUCUGGUAUAAGAGUUUUGUAUGCUAUGAUUCCGAAUAUUAUAAGUUUGAUGGAUGAAAAUAAUAUGGAAAAUUCAACCUUACGUUUAUUGAAUCAUUUCAACAAUCCAGGCAUUAUAGUGACACACUUUGAUUCACUUUUGAGAGGACUUGCAAAUCAGAGGGCACAAAAAAUUGGAGUACACUAUUCAAUGGAUUUAACUAAUAAUUUAUUCGCUGAUGCUAAAUUUGGAUACGAUUUAUUAAGUUUUGACAUCCAGAGAGGUAGAGAUCAUGGUUUACCGGGUUAUAAUUUCUAUAGACAACUAUGUGGUUUGCCGAAAGUCCUAGAGUUUAAAGAUUUGAAGGAUGUAAUGUCAAAGUCGGCAAGGCUAUCCUUAUCUUUAGUUUACAAACAUGUGGACGACAUAGACCUAAUAAUUGGUGGACUGCUCGAAAAACCAGUGGACUCCUUAUUGGGACCAACGAUGUCCUGUAUAAUUGCAGACCAGUUUAUGCGAACUAAACAAGGAGAUCGUUUCUUUUACACCAAUACUAAUCAGCCCAAACCGUUUUCGGAGUUGCAAUUGAAUGAAAUCCGUAAAGUGACGCUAGCUAGAAUUUUUUGUGAUAAUUCCGAUAUAGGGAACAUACAACGAGAAGUUUUUAAAAAUAUAGAUGACAGCAAUUCUCCAGUAAGCUGUACAGACGACUCUAUUCCAAAAUUAAACUUGAUGGCUUGGAAUUAUGGAUCAGAAAUGUAUCUUUUAUAAUCAAUAUUCCUAAUGUUAUGGACACUUAACCAAAGACUGAAUUAAGACUAGUUUAUAAUAAGUAGUGUUCUUUAGCAAUUAACAAUAAUUAAAUUAUAAGCAAUUUUUUACAAUUUUGUCGAUUGUUAAUGUAAUUACAACUGACGUCUAAAAACAUCACUCACAGCUGACAAAAACAUCACUAACAACUGACAAGACAUUGACUACUGACGUUUCAAAAAAGCCCAAUCGAAAAUUGACCAUUGAGAAAUGACAUUUGCCAAUUAAAAACUCAAUAUUGUGGAAAACGAAUUGGACCACAGUUUUAAAGUCUUAAAAAAAUUAUAUAAGUGGUUUUUGUAUAGUAAUUUUUUAAUUUUAACUUUUUUCUUGCCUCUCUUAGUUGUAUCAGUACUUUUAAAAUAUAAAUUAACAAAUUACUUGGAUAUGGUUAAUGUAAAUUGUCUUUUGUAAUUUUUUAUAAUUCCUGAUGAUUACUUUUAAAAUUAUUUAUUUUUAUCAUCUCUUUACCAUUUCACCGUGCUCUAGG